AUUUGAGUUUAUCGCCAUCUCUCUGUCUCUCUAUCUGGCAGGCUCUCUUUCUCUCUGUGUCUCUCACCAUUUUUCGCCGUAUCUCCGAAGCAAAGCGAAAGCUUCGUCAGCUCCAUCUCAAUCUUUCCAAUCCAAAUCACAUCGACUCUCUCUCAAAAUCCUAAUUCGCAUUCUUUCUCUCUCUCUCUCUCUUUUUUUUUUUUUUUCCUCAUUGCGUCUUCGAUUUUGAUUUUGAUUCCUAUAAUAAAUAUAAAUAUAUAAAUAUAUAAUUAUUUUUUUGUUUUUGGGAAGUCCCCAGAAUUUGGUUUUUGCGGAGAGGAAAAGUGGGAUUUAAUUUUGUGGUUAGGGUUUCUUAUUUUAGUGGGGGAAGAAGAAGAAGAAGAUGAGGGAGGAAAUGCUGUAUGGUAAGGAAGAGAAAGAGAAGGAAGAAGGAGGAGAGGUGGAUUUGAUAUCGGAACCAGAAAAACGAUGUCGUAUUGGGUUGGGUGGUUUUCCGCACCACAACAACAGGCUGGUUGUGGUGGGUUAUGCUCUUACGUUGAAGAAGACGAAGAGCUUCUUGCAGCCUAAGCUUGAAGGAUUAGCUAGAAAUAAGGGGAUAUUAUUUGUUGCUAUUGAUCACAAUAGACCUCUUGCGGAGCAAGGUCCUUUCGAUGUCGUUUUGCAUAAGUUAUCAAGUAAGGAGUGGCGCCAGAUUCUUGAGGAUUAUAGGCAAACACACCCAGAAGUCACUGUUCUUGAUCCUCCUGAUGCCAUACAACACUUGCAUAAUCGCCAGUCCAUGCUUCAGGCUGUGGCUGAUAUGGACUUGUCUGAAUCAUAUGGCAAAGUUGGUGUUCCAAGACAACUGGUUAUCAAGAGAGAUGCAUCGUCUAUUCCUGAUGCAGUUGCAAAAUCUGGCUUGACACUACCCCUUGUUGCAAAGCCAUUGGUUGCUGAUGGAAGCGCAAAGUCACAUGAAUUAUCACUUGCUUAUGAUCAAUACUCCCUCCAAAAGCUUGAACCUCCACUUGUUCUUCAGGAGUUUGUUAAUCAUGGUGGUGUUCUUUUCAAGGUUUAUAUUGUUGGUGAAGCAAUAAAGGUGGUCAGGCGUUUCUCUUUACCUGAUGUUAGUAAAAGGGAGCUGUCCAGAAAUGCUGGUGUAUAUCGUUUUCCAAGGGUUUCUUGUGCUGCAGCUUCUGCUGAUGAUGCUGAUCUGGACCCUGGUGUUGCUGAACUUCCUUCACGACCUUUACUCGAGAGACUUGCAAAAGAGCUUCGCCGUCGAUUGGGUCUCCGACUGUUCAACCUGGAUAUUAUCCGAGAGCAUGGGACCAGAGAUCGUUUUUAUGUCAUUGACAUUAACUACUUCCCUGGGUAUGGGAAAAUGCCAGAAUAUGAGCACAUAUUUACAGACUUCCUCUUAAGCCUGGUGCAGGGCAAGUAUAAGAGAAGAUCUGGGUAAAUCUUCUUGGUAGGCUUUGCCAAAACAAAUAUUGGCAACUAACACAAAUACCGGAGCACAAUAAUAAGUUUUUGCAGGACAAUUUUCAUGCGUAUUUGACCGUGUAUAGCCAAGAUGUAUGAUUCCUGCUGGCAGCUGGACACGUGGAAAAGUGUAAAUGGCUGAUUUCUUCAUCUUCUUCUGUUAUUACUUGCUUAUAGGCGAUUCACCUAUAAGGAGAAUACAAAAUGUACAGAGUUCUUGUAAGUCUAACUUUGGCUAUGUUCUUAAGUUGAUUCAUUUUUUCUACCAA